ACAAUUUACGAAGAGAGUGGCGCGCACGCACGGAUAGUCGCGAAAUAACGUCAGUCAGUGUUUUGUUGGCCGAGGAGACUGCUGUGCCGUUGCCCUAAUGUGGUCUCGACGCGAGUUGUGAAUAAAUAAAACUAGUUUUUAAAUAUCAACCAGAAGACAAGUAUAAUGGAGAUGCAAGACCACAAUAAUGAGAAUGGCACAAAAAAGCCAGACACCGCUCCCCAGAUGGAUAUGAUACAAAGAAUAACUGGAAGUUUUGGAAGAUUUCAGCUCUUAAUAUGUUUUUUCAUAUUCCUAAGUAAAUUUCCUGUGGCUUUUCAUCAAAUGGCUAUAAUAUUUUUGGCGCCUAAGACACCAUAUAUAUGCCUUGACGACAACAACAGCACAGAUGCGUGUCCUUGCGCCCAUCCAGAAUAUGACACUUCUGUCUUCACCUCAACUAUUAUAUCAGAAUGGGAUCUGAUAUGUGAUAAAAAAUGGCUUACCAGUUUUACACAAACAUUGUUCCAGUUAGGAACGCUGAUAGGCAGCGUCAUAUUUGGGAUGGCGGCAGACAGGUUUGGAAGGAAGAAACCUCUGUUGCUUGGAGUAGUCAUACAAGUGACGAUGGGCGUCGGAGCCACGUAUGCAACAGACUUUUGGACCUUUACUAUAUUACGAUUCUUCGUGGGAUUGUCUGUGGGGGGCACUAUGGUCACAGGGUUCGUCAUUGUGAUGGAAACUGUUGGCACGCAGUACCGGGACACCAUAUCGGCGCUCUACCAAGUACCUUUCAAUUUGGGACACAUGCUGCUGCCAGUGUUUGGCUACUUUUUCAGAGACUACACAGCGUUCCAACUGGCCAUUUCAGUACCUGGAGUGGUUUUGCUUUCGUACUUCAUCAUAGUUCCUGAAUCACCGAGGUGGUUGAUUGCUGUUAGAAGAACAGACCAAGCCAUCCACAUUUUAGAGCGCAUUGCUAAAGUGAAUGGGCGACCAACAGAAAACAUAAAAUCGGACGUGGAAAGUUUUCAAGCUGCAGUGGAGAAAAAUAACCUAAAGAAAGGAAACAUACUGGAUCUGGUUCGGACUCCAAACUUACGUAAAAACAUAAUUGCUAUGUCACUUAACUGGUUGACUUGUGGGUACUGUUUCUACGGGGUGUCGCAGUACGUAGGUCAAUUGAGCGGAAAUAUCUUCGUGAACGUAGCAGCCAGCGCCAGUGUAACUUUACUGGGCACUUUCGCCGCUGUAUUUCUUUUGAAGAUUAUUGGCAGAAAGACCAUUGUUAUUGUUUUCAAUUUUAUUUGUGCGUUAUGUCUAAUAGUUCUGGCUGUGAUACCCGAAGGCGUAGGUUCCGUGGUGUGUGCAAGUAUAGGCGUCGUAGCUAGUUUUAUAGUAUUUGUUGUAGUUUAUUUGUAUUGUUCGGAGCUGUUUCCGACGGUAGUUAGAAACGCGGCUCUUGGAACAUCGUCGAUGAUGGCUCGCGUGGGGUCCAUGGUGGCUCCGUUUGUGAUCGAGUCGAAGGACGUGGCCGCGUGGUUGCCACCAAUAUUGUUCGCUAUAUUACCCCUAUUAGCCGGUUUUAUGACAUUCAUCAUGCCCGAAACCAAAGGUUGCGAACUGAUGACCACAAUAGAAGAAGGAGAACGGUUCGGAAAGAAAGAGAAAAAGUAAGUCUCUAAUGCAUUGUCUGAAAGAAAAAAUAAUUUAUUAUUUAGUGCCAAACAAUCAUUCCUUUUGUAAAUAUUGUACAAUACGAAAUAUGUAUUUAAUUUUAAUCUUAGAUAGUAAUAUAAUAAACAGUGUUUAAUUAAUAAAUUACUACCGUACUGUAUUAAAAUAAUUUCAUUUAUCUUUUAAAAUGUGAAAUUCAUUUUGUAACGUAGCGUACUUAGUGCCUUCCAAAAUUACGCCUAUUUAUCAAUAAAAGGCACUCAUUGACAGAAGAGUUGAUUUAUCCCUCAAACUAAGAAUUUUGAGAGGCAUAUAAGAUACAAGAAAUGUAUAUUUUAUUGUAAAAUAGCACCUAUAACAACUUUAUAAGAUGACACAAUGUGGUUUGAAAUGUGGUCGGCCGGACUUUGAUGAGUUUUAUCGAUAGGCACUUGAAUUUUGGUGAUAAAGAUAUAAGAUUACAUAAAGCAUAAUCCAUUAGAAAUACGAGAUGUUCUUGUCGAACAUAAUAAUAGCUAAGUAGAUCUAGCUAGGUCCUUAAUUGGAGAUUUACUUUCUGGUUAUGAAUGGUUAUGAAUAUGAAAUUAAAAAUAUCCAUAAAUCUUUUUCUGUAGAUGAUGUAGAGCUACCCUUCACAGCUAUCUACCUAUGCUCCUUGAAAGUUAUUUGAGAACAAACCGGCCAACUGUGGCCACUGUGGGUUUUGCGCUCUAUGUUUGUCUAAAUAGCACGUUCUAAUGGAACGUUUAAAUUUAAAUGAAGUCAUGAAUUUUUAUUAAUGGCCAUUAGUGAAGAAAGACACAUUGGUAACUUCAUACAUUUAAAUAAAUAAUAAAACUUCUUUCAACUAAAAGGAAAAGGAUUUAAUAUGUAGGUCUGCAUAAACUUGAGGUUAAUUCCGGCUACCUUGAAUUAGCUAACAACUAUUGAAUUAAUUUUUUAACACUUGAUUUCGAAUUUUGACCGUAUCUGACACCUAUGGUGAUAGGCGGCUUAUUGAGUCUAACAAAGAUGAGCUCUCAGUUGUUCAACAAUAUGAGACAAGAAAAUAGCGCAGUUUCAACUUAAUGUUCGUUAAAUGUGUUUGAAGCAAUAAGUACACAGUUGUUAUUUCCACAUUUCUUAUGAAUUACACGUCAUCGCAAGUAAAAUGUAAACAAAUUAA